AUGGCAUCACGUAACGAGGCGGGCGCAAGUGGGAUUGGUGGUCGUCUGUACACCUCCUCAUCGACACCAGAAGCACCUAGUGAGCCUACGAAACGACGCCCGACGUCCUUGGGCUUGUUUGGGUGGAUGACUGGGAGAGGUGGGACUGCCACUGCCGCUGCUGGCUCCACCGAUUCCACCUUUUUACACAAUAACAUGCCCGUACGAGAUUCGCCAACCCCCACGCAGCAGACGUUGAGACAAGCGCAGAUGCCCACGCCGACACCGCCCGCAACAGCAAGCAGCGCCUUGAAGCAUAGGCGGAACAGAAGCCUGAAUCAAAACCAGAAACCUGCAAAGUCUCCUGGCUGCACUGUCUCUGUGACGACUUACCCGGCCAGUGGUGGCGUUGAACUAUACGAUGUCGCGUCGUUAAAGGAUCCGGCCAUUGUAUCUGUGCAGGAUGACAGUGUGAUGGAGCAGAGGCCCUCGAGGUUUUCGCAUCGUCGGGCGUUGCGGAAGGUGUGA